UCUGCCCCGCGUGACGUCACGCUAGGUGGGAAAAUAACAGAGAAAUGAAUUCGUGAAAGUUUUCCCGAGUUUGGCUGCGAUUUUCUCAGCAGUGUGCGCCCGGUCGCAGUGAAAUUCGCGACUGGCCAUUUUUCAAAGAAAUGGGCAACGUCCAGCAGACGGACAGGCGCAGCGUCACCGCCGGCUGCUCAGGGCUGAGCAAUUUUAACCAGCGGGAGCGCCGAUCGUCCAGUGAGUACAACCUCUCUGGACUGUCCACGGCUGGAAGCGGAUGUUUUAGAUCUUGGAGCACAGGCAGCAGCAGCAACCAAUCAACUUACAGCGUUUCCAGGCCUUGGUCCCGAGUUUCUAGACACAGGUGGAGAGAAUCAACUUUGAAUGACAGAUUCGAAGCGGCUAAAACAGCGUGGCCAGUGCCUUUGAUCGAGGCUGCCUUCUUGCCAGAGUUUAAAAUUGGAGUCAGCAUGAAUGAGCAGAGUUUUGAGUUGCUCGGAAGCUUAGCCAGUGGAUCUUACGGAAAGGUUUAUCAAGUCCGCAAAAGAGACACGGACGAAGAGUUCGCCCUGAAGGUGCUUUCUAAAUCUCAGCUUAUUUCCGAAAGCGGAGUGAAUCAAGUGAAAAACGAAGUCGGAAUCCAGUCCAUGUGCGGACAUCACCCUUUUAUAUUAAACUGCCCUUAUUACUGGCAAAGCAGGAAGAAAUUAUUCAUUGUGAGUGAAUUCAUGCCUGGAGGAGAGUUGCUUGCUCUCUGGCAAAAAUAUGGAGCGCUUCCUCAGCCGCUCGUCAAGAUUUAUAUCGCUGAGCUUGCACUCGCCAUAGACUUUUUACACAACGCUGGUGUUAUUUUCCGUGAUCUCAAACUGGAGAACGUCAUGCUGGACGGUGCUGGCCACCUGAAAGUAAUUGACUUCGGUAUGGCCAAGUGGCUUAAAUACGGAGAGAGGACCAGAACGCUUUGUGGAACAGUUCGUUACAUGGCCCCGGAAGUAGUCAGCAUGGAGCCAUACGGGCACGCGGUGGACUGGUGGUCUCUGGGGAUUAUUGCCUACUGCCUCAUCACCGGAGAGUUCCCGGCGCGCAGCCUCCGGCAGCAGGAGGCCCCCGCCGCCCCCGACCGCUGCGAGCCGGCCGGCAGGGACCUGCUGGGCCGCCUCCUCCAAAUCGAGCCGCAGAAACGCCUCCGUUCCUUGCUCACCCUGCAGGGCAUCGCCUUCUACAAGGACUUCAGCUUUGCCGACGUUCGCGCCAGAAAGUCGUCGCCGAAGCAAAUGCUGCACGAGCUGGACAUAUCGCUGGCCAAGUCCAUCAAGGAGGGGCUCUACGACCUCAUUCACCAUCCGGAAAUGUUCCAUCUUGACGGAUUCGACUGAAGAUUUAUUAUUAAUAUUAUUUACUCUGUGUCAAAUAGUUGAUUUAGACAUUCGCUGCUGUGAUCGUUCCGUUUUGUCUCUAUUAGAACGCGUCCGUCCGUUGCCGGGUAACUUAAUCAAUGUGCAUUUACGUCGUUAGAGCCAAAGAUUAGCACAAAAGUAAAUAAUGUUAUAUUGUGAGUGCAAUCCACUUAAAAGAUAUUUAUUGACAAUAGACGCUAAUACUCUCGAUUGUUUGUUCCUAUUUUUAGCUGCUUUUUCGAUCUGCGUGAUGCCUAAAAAUAGGUGUAAAAAUAAAGUCAAUAAUAAAUAUGUAUAUAAUAUACGGACCUCA